AUCAUAUAUAUUUUUAUCAAUUAAUAUAUUUAUUAAUAUUUACUAUAUAUUAUGGUUAAAUAAAAUGUAAGUAGUUAAUAUCCAAAAGCUGGGAAAAAAUGUUAAAUCAAAUCUAGAAGUUCUAGAUUGGAAAGAAACAGAGACCAUCAGUGCCAUCUUGAAGGAAGGCGAGCCACCUGACCUCUCCGCGGCAUCUCUCACGGCAAGCAGCCGCCAUCCGCCCGUCACAGCCGCCAUCCGCCCGUCACAGCCGCCAUCCGCCCGUCACAGCCGCCAUCCGCCCGUCACAGCCGCCAUCCGCCUGUCACAGCCGCCAUCCGCCCGUCACAGCCGCCAUCCGCCCGUCACAGCCGCCAUCCGCCCGUCACAGCCGCCACCACCACCAGUGUGUGUGUGUUCAGACAUGAAUCCAAAGGACGCAACAAAACCAAUACAGGCACUAGGGAGGAUGAAAUUGAAGACCCAGACAAUAGUUACAACUUGUGGCUGUUGUUCCAAGAAAAGGACAGUACAGCAUCACUUGAAGGAGCAUGCCAAAACAUUCGUGGGUCAGAAAUUAAAAGCAGAAAAAAUGUACCCAUGAUGCAACAGCCAGACAACCAACAAAAAACAAGCAGGUCUGCGGUAAAUGUAUAUGGUCCUGUUAACAAGCCACCCAUAUUUUGUACACGUAUUGAAGAGAGGUGGGAGAGAAUGUGGCAACGCGGACGCCCCAGAAUUGAAGACACGUCCUCAAUAAGUGUUAGGGCAUCGUCUAGCAUUUGCCUUAACCAAUCAGAAGGACUGAAAUUAGAAAAGGACUACCAUAUGCGAAAACAAGAGCAGGAAAAAAGGGAAGCAGUGCGGAAAAGUGCGGAAAAGAAACCGGGAAAGAAGGCGUGGAAGAGAGCUGGAAAAAAGAGUGAUGGAAAGAAGGAUGAGAAAAAUGUGGAGAAAGAACAUAGAGAAGUAGGUGAAGAAGAAGAUGGUGAUAAAGGUGGAGAAGUGAAAAUAGAAAGAAUAUGGAAGGUAGGUAAGCAGGUUAACAAGAAGGUGUUGAAGAAAACUGGAAAGAUGGUAGAGAAGAAUGAUGGUAAGAAGGACGAGAACAAGACAGAGAAAGAAAGAGGGCAAGUGUAAUAAUAUAAUGAUAUAAAAACCUUGAUACAAUACAGAGUUUCAUCUUACAUGAUAAAAGUGUCAUUAGUCUCGUAAAUAAAGUUAUUUGCUGGAGAUACUCUUAUUAUUUAGUUAAGAAUUACUGAACUGUAAUUACCUACUGUGUAUUUAGUGUGGUGCUUACCAGUUGAAGAUACUAGGAGUUGAUACAAGAGUGUGGAGAGAGAGAGUUAGCAAUUUAGCCUAGCAGGAAUUCAUACCUGUGAUUGUAUAUUUAUAUAUAAUUCUAUAUUUUCAUUGUAUAGAACAAUUCAUAUGUUAAUACCUUUUUGAAUCUGGCAACUAUUGCCCGAGGCAUUCCAUUAAUUUUUCUGUGAUUCCAAAAGAGUGCCGCCUCUGUCAGUUCUUCUGUAUGCUCUGUGAAAAUAAAUUUAGUUAUUCAUUGACAUCUUAAAACUGUGUGUCUCAAAAUACUGAUUGGAAAGUAAAAGGAUGAUGAUAUUGAUGCUGUCUUAAGUGGAAUGAAUUAAUUGUUAUUUACAUGUACAUGUAUAUGUUGGUUGCAUAUGAGUAUAAUGCUACUUUAUAUGAGCCAAAAUGCCUUUCUGCAAUUUCCUAUAUUCUUAUAUUAUUUUAUAACAUUAUUUGGAUAUAUAUAUAUAUUACCAUUGUACUGAUUUGAUUAAAGGUACAAAAUUUAGAACUAGAUUAAACAAAAAUUAACACAUACCACCAGCUUUAAGCAUAUUCUUAGUGUUGUUGUUAUAUCUUGAAAGGUAGGAAAAUACUUGCUCUGCCUCCUCCCCAGAUGUCAGGCCACUUCCUUCUUGCCACCGCCCUCCAUACAAAACCUUUGACAUAAUAGCAUAACGUUUGUUAAAAACUACCUACUGUAUUAACAAUUUGCAUUUAACAUAGAUAAAUCUUUACAUAUAAGAGUUUAAAAGAAAUUAUAUUUUCCAACUUACAGUAAAACAAAGUCAAAAUAUUAUUACAGUAUUAGAUUAUUUACCUGACAAUACCAAGAAUGUCCUUUGGCAUGUAGGACUCCUAAAAAAGGCUUUCCUUGCCCAACUGAGAACUUCUGUUCUCUUGAUGAAACCUUUAAGGCCCAUGGCCAGUAUUUACAGAUGAUAUCCUGGCAUAUGAAGGACACAUUUUGUAAACAGUUCAUUUGCAAAUAGUGGGCAUAACUGUAGAGCUCUCCCUGAUACAUAUUUAAUGCAGCAAGAAUAAUUCCAUGUCAACUGGAAGCAUGCUUAUGCCGGUUUCAUCCAAACUUCUAAAUGAAGCAGGUUUAUUUUUGGCAGCUUUCACUGUCGACACUCCACACAUGUGGCUACUCUGUUGGACAAAAGUAAAAUUAUAUAUAUAUAUA